AUGCCUAGGCCCCCCUUGGGUCUUCUACUAUUGGUGUUGUUGCUGCUUUAUGAUGAGCCCACCCGUGCAUGGGGCUAUAUAAGGCAUUCACGGGCUUCGCUUCUUAUACCACGAACUAAUGCCCACGAGCGCCCCAAUAGACAACUACGAGCAAACAGUAGCAGCAGCAGCAGAUGUAGCGAUACCAGCAGCAGCAACAGUACAAGCGGCGGACCCUCAGACUCGGAGUGCCCUAGAUGUGUUUGGCUGCGGACUAGCGAGGAUGCUUCGCCAGUUGUUGUUGGCGGGGAAUGGGGCCUUGGAGAAUACGCGUUCAAAAACGAAUAUGUUCAUCAGAGGUUGUCAUCGAAGUUGGGAGGAGGUGCAGCUGCUGCAGCCUCAGCGGUAGACCCACGAACUGCUGCAGCACAAACUGUCGUUGAUAUCGUUCCCGUCGAAGUGGGAAUAGCUCCAGAGACGAGGCGAGCUCUGGGGCUUUUGCGAGGCUCCCACAAGCGCCACAUUUUUCUGCCUCUAUGGCUUCUCGGGCCUUUUCAGGAUCUUACAGGAGGAGACGCCCUUCCGGAGGCGGCCACCCAAGCAGGUGGCUUCUGGGAAGGUCAAGGUGCCGUUUGUAAGGUUCUUAAGUUGGGGGAGGACUUCUGUGGGGGAGUUCCCCUGCAACUGGUGGCCCAGGUCUCUGCGCCGGAGACGAAGAGCCGGACUACACUGCAGUCAGAAAGCCCAAUGCCUAGCCACGGUGCUAAACAGGUCGCCUCGCACGAUGGCCUACAGUCAGAGGAGGGACCUAUUCCCGAGCUGCUGCCGUUGGCAUCAGAGGAAGAAGCACUGAGAGUUCUUCGGGAGCAUUACGGGCCUCUCCUUGCCCAGUACCGCCGUCUGCCUCACUGCUCCACCUGCAUUCCCCCCAGCAGCAUGGCUAGCGGCAGCACCAAAAGGGAGAAUGGCUUCAAGGGAAGCACUGCUCUUCGCAUCCUGCGCCUCCCCAGGGGACCUCGGCUGUCGCUACAGCUUCAGCUGGAACCCUCACUGCCUUCCGUUCCUUUUUCCACAGGGGAUGCUUCCCUGCAUGACUUCCCAAUUCCUCCGCCCUUAGGUGCUGCGGAGACCCACAAUCUCACCGAACGCAGUACCUCGGCUGUCCCCCCACCGUACCAGCUGGUGUCCCUAUAUAAAUUCUUCUCCGUAAGAUCACCGAAGGCGCUUGCUGAGCUGCUGAGAGCCCUGUGGGGCCCAAAAGGUGUGUUGGGCAGGGCAUACGUAGCAAAGGAGGGACUCAAUGCCCAGCUAGCUGUACCGUCUGUUGCGAUGUCUGAUAUCCUUGGGGAGUUGCAACAGAUUCCCGGGUUGGAAGACGGUGUGCAGGUGACCCCCGAUUGCCUUGUUGCCUUUGAAGAGUACUGGAGAUCCCCACCUUUUGAUGCACUUCAUAUCCGGCCACGGCACCAGGUGUUGAGGGACGGCUUCGCAGCCCCCUUGGACUGGGUAGAUUGCGGAGAGGAGGUGGAUCCCAGUGUAUGGCAUCGCAAGCUCAUGGACAUGCUACAACAGCAGCAUGGGCAACAACAGCAUGCAAGGAAGAUUGUACUCUUGGAUAUGAGGAACGCGAAUGAGUACGCUGUGGGACACUUUAAGGGUGCCAGGUGUAUAAACACCCCAACUUUUGCGGAUUCCUUUGCCCCAGGGGGCCCGCUGGAGGAGGCCCUUCUACAGGCGGGGGUUCAGCUGCCCUCCCGGAACGCCACGCCGCAUGUAUCCAGCGGCAGUGGUAGCGGGGAGGAUGUAGAGGUCAUGAUGUACUGCACUGGCGGUAUCCGCUGUGUCAAGGCUGGGGCGUUCCUCAAGCAAGUCCUUGGCUUCCCGCGGGUAACCCGCCUCAAGGGAGGGAUCCUCGCAUACAAAAACUACAUUCUGAAGCUUCGAGGAGCAUGCUGUAAAGACGCAGGAUGCACUUCCUUUGCUCCAGAGGAGAAGACGCUAUCUGCUGGCGUAUUUGGUUCAAGAAAAGAUGAAGCAGGCAUAUGCGACACCGCCAGGAGAAGACGCUAUCUGCUGGCGUAUUUGGUUCAAGAAAAGAUGAAGCAGGCAUAUGCGACACCGCCCUCACAAAUGGACAGGCACAGACAGCUGCAGAUGGAGCUGAUAACGAAGCAGAAGAAAUCCAGGGAGAGAAUACCCCCAAGAGCUUGUUUCUGGGGAGCAACUAUUGAUGAGACUUCCGCCCAGGACUUGUGGAACUGGGCACACCAGGUGGCGACUGCUGCUUCCUCCCCGUCGGCACUGCAAGAGGCCCUUUUAGAAGAAGGACGAAGCACAGCGAAGAGUCUUGUUGGGGCGGCGAAGGGGGUUCCCCAGUUCUGGUCGGGGCACCUGCACGCCCGCAUUCUCUCCGCCAUCAGCAGACUAAAGAGGCCAAGCUCAAUCCUUGAGAUUGGAGCAUUCGUCGGCAUCUCCAAAGGACCCACGAGCAGCAGCAGCCGCUCGCCGCCUUAUCAGCUCAUCUCCGUGGAGUCCCUUAAUCAGGGUGGUGGAGGCGGAUGCUUUGCAGUGGCUGGCCUUAUCAGCUCAUCUCCGUGGAGUCCCUUAAUCAGGGUGGUGGAGGCGGAUGCUUUGCAGUGGCUGCGGUCACAGCGCACAGCGGCAAGGAGCAUCUCGUCUGGGCAAGCGGCAUCAGAAGGGACCCGACUGGGUAAUGUUGCUCUGCAGGGCGGCAUGCUCCCAGAUGGAGGAUUUGACUUGAUAUAUCUGGACGCUGAAAAGAAGAAGUAUGCCGAAUAUAUCGCGUGUAUUUUAGACCCCGACAGACCCCUGCUUGCGCCUAAGGGGGCUCUUUUAAUAGAUAAUACUCUGUGGGGGAGGGGACAUGAUGGAAAGAGGCCCUCGUGGGAAGACGAAGCCGCAGAGGAUGCACCUCGUACCAGAAGAUACUCCAGCAUUGCGGAGUCCAUGAAAGCCCUACGCGAGGCUUUACGCAACGAUCCGCGAAUAUCUCACGGAUGGAAUGCAGAUAGCUCCCCUCUGUGCGUGCAGGUGCUGCUGCCUGUGGGCGAUGGUCUCUCCAUCGUGACUUGGGCAACCCCAGCAUCCAACGUUUUGCCUUAA